AUGGAGACUGCCACGGGAAGCAGCUGGUCGGUCACCACUCACCAGUCCCUUGCCCAUGCCGAACCUGAGCAAAAACUAGGAAGUAAGUGGUGGGGUCCCGGUCUCCUCUUCACGUCUCCGCAAGUUAUCCGCACUGCACUAUUGCUUGAUCAUACCAUUAGCUGUCGACCACAACGCAAGCCAUCCAUCCCAACCAUCCCGCAUACAGAGUUUUCAGGCAACUUUACUCGUCUCAGCCUCGUCGACGACUGCCUCUACGAUCCCAAGCCGAGCCUAAGAAUCUUGUUUGUUGAUUCCGUCGACACGCUCCAUUCAGCAGACAUGGACGGCAAGAGACACCCAAGCUCGUUCCAGCAGCUUGAGAAGCUUGGCGAGGGCACCUAUGCUACCGUGUUCAAAGGUCGUAACCGGCAGACUGGAGAGCUUGUCGCUCUCAAAGAAAUCCACUUGGACUCGGAAGAAGGCACCCCCUCGACGGCGAUAAGAGAGAUCUCGCUCAUGAAGGAGCUGAAGCACGAGAACAUUGUCGCCCUCCACGAUGUGAUCCACACCGAGAAUAAGCUGAUGUUGGUGUUUGAAUACAUGGAUGGAGAUCUUAAGAAAUACAUGGACACCCAUGGCGAUAGAGGCGCCCUCAAGCCUCACCAGAUCAAGUCGUUCAUGUAUCAACUGCUGAGAGGCAUCGACUUCUGCCACCAGAACAGAGUUUUACAUCGAGACCUGAAGCCUCAGAAUCUCCUAAUUAACGGCAAGGGACAGCUGAAGCUUGGCGAUUUCGGCCUUGCUCGUGCCUUCGGCAUUCCCGUCAACACGUUCUCGAACGAGGUGGUCACGUUGUGGUAUCGCGCACCAGAUGUCCUUUUGGGCAGCAGAACGUACAACACCAGCAUUGACAUCUGGUCUGCGGGAUGUAUCAUGGCGGAAAUGUACACCGGCAGACCACUGUUCCCUGGCACAACAAACGAGGACCAGAUUAUUCGUAUCUUCCGCAUCAUGGGAACCCCAACCGAACGAACCUGGACUGGCAUUACGCAAUUCCCCGAGUACAAACCCACUUUCCAGAUGUACGCCACUCAAGACCUUCGUCAGAUUCUUCCUCAGAUCGAUCCUACUGGCAUCGAAUUGCUCCAACGAAUGCUGCAGCUACGCCCCGAACUUCGCAUCAGUGCUCACGAAGCCCUCAAGCACCCCUGGUUCAACGAUAUCGUCAUGCAACAGCAUCAGCAGCAAGCUUUGCAAGCACAAGCUAGAGCCUACCCGGGACAAGGGUCUUACGAAAAUUACUGA